AUGAUCAACCUCUUUGAAUUGAGCGUUGGAGCCAGCGCCAAGGUCUCCUCAAGAGAUGGCUCUCCAGUGAGAGGAACUCAAUCGGAACGGAAGGAGUACGCCGGAUCAAAGGCACAUGAUCUAUGUCGGCAGUUGACUGGCAGCACAAGGAGGAGCUCGUCGGAUAGAUCGGGUGGUACGCCCAUGAAAAUGCUGAUAGCUCAGGAAAUGGCAAAGGAGGGUGACGCAAAUCAGAAGACCACUAAUGUUGUAGCAAGGCUGAUGGGGCUUGACGACAAUGUGGAUCUUCCUAAGCAUGUAGUGCCUUCAAACAGGAGGAGUUUCCCGGAUGGCCAUUUAUCUGCUACAUUGGCAAGAGUUAACAACCAAAUUUCGUUUGAGAAGCACACGAGUUCCGCUGAAGAUGUCGAGUAUAAGGAUGUCUAUGAAGUUGGGUACCAGCCACCAAGAGGUGAUGAAUAUCCAAGAAGGAGGAGGCCGAAUGAAGAUCAUGACAAGAGAAGGAUGGAUCUUGUCCGCCAGAAGUUUGUUGAAGCAAAGCGUCUUGCAUCACAUGAUAAUAUCCUCCAGUCGAAGGAAUUCCACGAUGCUCUUGAAGUUCUGAAUUCAAACAAAGACUUGUUUCUCAAAUUUCUUGAAGAGCCUAACUCUCUCUUUGCAAAGCAAUCUGGAGGACACAAUUCCGCACCAACAUCACCUCAGAGAAAGCGCAUUACUGUGUUGAAGCCCUCGAAAUCAGUGGAGAUGAAGUGUGACAAAGCAAUUAAAAGGCAGAAAAACCAUGCAGUCGAUGGAAACAGAAUAGAAAGGAGCAACGUGCACAAGUCUGAUGCUGCUCAUGUGAAAGAAGAUAGGCUUCCCAAACACACCAGGAUAGUGGUCUUGAAACCUACCUCAGUAAUUACUUCCAUGGAGCAAUCUGAGCAAAAUUAUCAUGCUGAUCUGGAUGAUUCUGAAGCACCUGGUCUAUCAAGGCAUUUGAGUGAUGAGAUAGAUUGGUCAGUGCAUGGAAUUUGUCGACACCACACUGAAUCUUUGCAGGGUUGCAUACAGUCAAAUAUGUUCAGCGCAGAUAGACCAUACCAUCGGUAUGCUGAAGAAGAGGGCAAUAGCUUGAGUGACUCAGAUAUUGGAACCCCAACAUCACAUCAUUCUUGGGAGUACAUCUACCGGUUUAGCAAUCCUUACUUUGGCUCUUUGAGCCAUGCUUCUUGCUCCCCUGAGUCACAUGUAACUAGGGAGGCUAAGAAACAUGCUUCUGACCGAUGGGCAAUUGUUCCAUCCAGUGAGAUAGCCCAGGAAAAGGUACCAGUGCGAAGAAGUUUGAGCACACUUGGUGAAAUGCUUGCCAUGCCUGAUAUGAAGAAAGAAGAGGUUGCUGAUCAAGCAUUUCCUGAUGCUACUACCCACCAGUUAUGUGAACCAACAGUUGGUGAGGAAGAAAGCUCCCUCAGGAAAAUCUCAAGGUCAAGAUCUGUUCCGGUCUCCCCAACAGCUUUUGAUAGCCUGCGGUUAGAUGGUGGAUGUUUGGAUGCUCAACAUAAAGAACCUACAGUGCCAAAGGAGGUCAAACCUAAGAACGGGAAAUCAUCUUUGAAGGGAAAAAUCACGAGUUUCUUCUCAAAACGUAAGAAAGCAGAGAAAGAGAAGGCUAACCCAUCUCCCUUGGGAACCCUGAACAGUCGAGUUUCGUCAGCCAGUACUGUGGCAGUUGCUAAAUCAGAUGUUCCUCAGCAUGUUUGUACUAAUUUACAAGAUGAUGAUGCUUUUGAAAGUUUAGAAGAACAGUUUAAUCAUGGACCAAUUGGAGUUCUGGUUGAUGAACCCGAAGCACCCUCUGUAUCUAAGUCUCCAGCUUCCCUUGAGAAGGCACUAUCAUUUGAGAUUCGAACUUCCCACUUCGAUCAGCCCAGCCCUACAUCGGUUCUUGAUUUACAAUUUGAGGAUAUCAGUGAGAAAUCUCCCAUUUCAUCAGAAAGUGCAAUUACUGCUAAACAAGAACCUCUAUCUAGGUCUCUUCCAAUUGGAUCAAUUGCAAGGACCUUAUCGUGGGAUGAUGCUUCCCAAGAGGCUCCAUUGUGUUCUACGAAAGGAGAUAACCAUGAGCAAGAGCAGUAUGAGUUCGUUGAGAAGACUCUGACAUCUGCUGGCUUCUGUAAUGAGAAGAUCCAGGACAUCUUUGUCCGGUGGCAUUCACUUGACUGCCCUUUGGACCCAGCCGUGCUUGACCAGCUGCUGGAACGCAAGGUGGAGGAUGCCAAGUGCAGAGAGAGACGGUCAAAUCAAAGGCUUCUCAUUGAUUCUGUCAAUGCCGCCCUACUAGACAUUGGCCAAAGUAAACUUUGGGGCGCAUACCCUUGCACUGCACGGCAUUCUAAUGCACCGGGAGUUGCUACAUGUGAUGUGCUAGUAACCGACGAAGCAUGGAGGUUAGUAAAGAGUUGGCUCUUCGAUGAUGAGAAUGAUAUUGCUGGUUUGGGAGACACUCCAGGCCUUGCAGCGGAUUGGGUUGUCGGUAAGGAGAUUCACGGCAAAGGGUGGCCCGAAAUGCUGCGUUUGGAGGUGGAUGAAAUCAGCAAGGAGAUAUGCGAGGAAGUCCUGGGCGAGUUGGUUGGGGAGGCAUUUCCAGAGCUUGCUGAUGCUGGGUGCCAUUGA